AUGGGUGGUAAUUGUGUUAGUUGCAUGAUCGAAAUACAUAAUAAAACAGAUUUGUAUUUAUUGAGACCACGUAAAAAUCAUUUUGAAUGGGGAAGAUUGGAAUACGAAACUGAAGAAACUGAUAUAGUACAUUCAAAUACAAUAUCAAUCAAAGGUGUUCAAGGUAGAGAUAAUAGUACAUCUGGUGCACAAGGAAGUUUUACUUUUGAUGUUGUACACCAAAACGAUAAUAUCGAAAUAGGUCAGAUUAAAUUAAUGUUUGAUGUUCCAUAUGAUACAAACCUAUAUUCAAGAUCUACAGGAGAUUUCAAAAUAAAUAAUUACACUGAUGAUGUUACUAUUAAAAUUGAUACU